AUGUUUGACUACAAGGUGGCCGCCGACAACGGGUCCAUGUACAACACGCCCCCCUGCUGGGCCAUCUACAUCUGCGGCCUCGUGUUCAAGCACCUCAUCAAGCUGGGCGGCCUCGAAGCCGUGCGCGCCAACAACGUGACGAAGGCCGCCGUGCUCUACGACGCCAUCGCUGCCUCUGACGGCUUCUACAACUCCCCAGUGGACCCCGCCGCGCGCUCCAAGAUGAACGUGCCCUUCACCAUCCCCUCAAACCCCGAGCUGGAGAAGAAGUUCGUGGCGGAGGCCACCGCCGCGGGCUUCAAGGAGCUCAAGGGCCACCGCAGCGUGGGCGGCAUGCGCGCCUCCAUCUACAACGCCAUGCCCUUGGAAGCCGUCGAGAAGCUGGCCGCGUUCAUGAAGGAGUUCCAGACGGCCAAUGCCUGA